AUGAAGCGUCCCUUGACCCCCUUCCACUCCCCUGGGAGUGGCAUUUGUGGAAGACUGGCAGAGAACUCGUGCAAAGGAAGUCCUCCAGAGCAGCAUACAAAGAGAGAGAAAAAGCACCCAUCAUUCACACUUUGUGAAGUGUGUAACAUCCAGCUCAAUUCGGCUGUCCAGGCCCAGAUCCAUUUCAAUGGGAAGUCUCACCAGAAACGCCUCAAACAUCUUAACAAAGGCAAAGUCCUGUCAAGUCCAGGUCCAGCUAAUCACAACAGCUCCCUCUUAGCCUCACUUCCCAUCCCAGGACGGUCUUUACAUCCAUCCCUGGAUAUCAAGCAUUUUCUGACUUUCCGCCUCAAUGGCACCCCACCACUCAACCUCUUUCCUAAUUUCAAUACGAUGGAUCCAGUACAAAAGGCAGUAAUCAACCAUACCUUUGGUGUACCCAAUCCACUUAAGAAGAAGCAGUUCAUCUCUUGUAAUAUUUGUCAUCUGAGAUUCAACUCUGCGAAUCAAGCUGAGGCACAUUACAGAGGCCACAAGCAUGCUCGGAGACUCAAAGCCAUUGAAGCAGUGAAAAAUAAGCACAAGACAGCUGACAAUAGCAGCAGCAGCCAAGAAAAAAUGGCUAAUUUUGAAGCUGCACUAGAUAUCAGCAGAGACACCAGCAGCAGCAGCAGCAGCAGAGCACAACCCAGUAGCUUGCUAGGAUUAAGCCAACCAAUGGCAGAACAUUGCAACCUCAUGCUGAUGUCCCCGACAGAAGAAUUACCAGCCAAGAUAUCUACUGGCGUCCUGUCCCUGGUUCCCCCAUCAGUUUCAGAGCCCUUGGAAGUUGCUCCAGAUAGUGCAAGUGUGAGACCAGCAGCAGCAGCUGGUAUGGAGGUGCCAGCAACUGAAUCUGGAGGAACCGCCGGCUCAGCAGCAGAGGUGGAGAAAGAGGGAAAGAAAAUCAAGCAGCACUUGUACUGUCCCACUUGCAAAGUAACAGUUAACUCUGCCUCUCAGUUGGAGGCUCAUAAUUCUGGAGCAAAGCACAAAUUGAUGCUGGAAGGGCAAACAGUUUUGCCAAGGCGAAGCCGAGGGAAGGUUCUCUCUCGAGUAGGACACAAGCCCAAACGGAUCGGCAGCAAGGGCAGCCUCAACAUUCAGAAUAAGGCCUUCCAAUGCCAGGUGUGCGAGAUCUUUGUCAACUCAGAAACACAACUCAAACAGCAUAUGAGCAGUAGACGUCACAAAGACAGGCUUGCAGGGAAGCCACCAAAGCCCAAAUACAGCCCGUACAGCAAACUGCAGAAGAAUACUGCCCUGGCAGUGAGUAUUCUCAAGUCCAAAGUGGCUCUGCAGAAGCAUCUUACGAAGACCUUGGCUGCCCGGUUCCUGCCAAGUCCCCUGGCAUCCGCCACUGUGUGUACUUUGCCCAGCCCAUUAACUCUCCGACCAGCUGCUGCUACCCUCUUCCAAGCACCCAUCUUUGGACCAGCACUUUUUCGAUCUCCCCCAGGCCCUGUGCGAACGGCUACAGGCCCCAUUGUUUUUGCCCCUUACUAGAAAAACUCCAAAGGUUGUUUGGAUGGGGAAUUGUAGACCAUAGCUGUACAAAGAAAAUUGGGGAGGGCAGGUAACUUUACAGGGCUGUAUUCUGAACAAAGGAAAGGCAGAAUCUUUGAACUGUUUGAAAUGGAAUUUGUUUGUUUGAGAUUUCCACUUAUGUCAUUAAUUCAAUUAUACUUGCAAAUAACUUUUCCUAUUGUCUGAUUCUCCCACAAUGCACCAAUCUUUCUAACUCAUAGUAUAUCUAGAAGCACAAUCUCACUUGUCCAGAUGGUCAUGUGGUAAAGUCAAAAGUAUGCAUUCAAAAUAUCUGUAAACUAAAAAGUAUCUGUCAUUUUAAACAGAAUUCUAUUAAUUAGGAAUUUGUGUAAUUGGAAUUCCAAAGAGGCUUCUUUUCCAAAAUGCACCUUUAUGAAAAUCAGAUUUGGAUGCAGUUCCUAAUUCAAUUCACAUUCCUCUUCCCACAAUUACAAAUUUAAAGAAAAUAGUAAUGAUGGACAAACAUGUAUUGUUCUCUUUGUGAGUUAUUAAGACAACCCUAUAUCUCACAAAGGAACUGAAAUGGGUUUUUGAAUUGAAGGAGAGAAAGGAGAAGAAAAUAUCUGCUUAAGUAUGGGCACAAGACAGAGAGAAUAAGAAAAGUGCUGUUACGUAGGUAAAAGGGUAUAAAUUGAGGGUUUUUUUGCUUAUGUAUGAAACAAGAAUGGGAUUUAAACAAAGAAGGGUAUAGAGAUAGAAUUAUUUCAGAUCUUAAGUCAGCCUUUCCCAGUUGGGUGUCCUUUCAGACCCAGAAUUUUGAGCCAACCUGAGAAUUCUUGUAGUUUCAACAUAAUCAAAA